AUGAACAUGAGGAAGAAAGUAGUUCUUGAUGAGUCGGUAGAGAUCAAAAUCAAUGCAAGCUCAAAGGACAGUCCAUCGGAUUCGGAGGAGUCCCAACAAAGUAUGAAAUGCUUGUUGGUCAGCAGUGGAAUGAAGGAUAAUUCGGAGGUUAAAUGUCACGUAAAACCGUUAAACAAAAUUUUGACCACCUCUCGAGGGUCGUGUGAAAGCCUGCCGUCGGCUGAUGAUACCAGUGAUGAUACUCGUUAAGAAACUUCCUCAAAUAGUAGCGUGGACGAGGAUGACUGAGACGUUGUUUGAUCCAAUAAGUUCGAAUUCUUCAGAUACUCAGUCAGAAAACAGCGACAGCUGUCUAUUACAAGUGCUGCGGAAAGUCAGAUGAUAGAAGAACUACUUCUUUAUAAAGGAAGUUCUACGGCUGUAUUGGAGGCACUUCCUGGAUAUUUCGAUUGGCUCACCACUCAUCCUUCUGUCAGUAAAAGUGCCUUGUCUGAGCUACUGCAAUUCGAACGUGAGCACAUUUUACCUCCUGGCAAUAAUUAA